UAUAAAGCGUCAAUCAUACGGCAAUCCAGAGUUCGUCGGAUCAUCCGCUCGCUCUCAGCUCGGGCAUCGGAAACCCCUAUUGUAUAAUGCAUCCAAUGAUCUCGCAAGUGCUCGAAUUACUGUGGAGCUGAGAAACGACGACGACAUUAUUAAAGAAGGGAGGAAAGAGUCGCUCUCUGUUCCUGUAAGCCUUUCAUUUUGUCUUCGAAGACUUUUUGAUCCUCUGCGGCGGCGAAGACACCAGUGGAGCGAUUGACGGAGGUAAUGGGAAUAAUUAUUGAGAAAGCUUUGGAAAUGUUUCGCAUGAGGCGGACUUGAGCCUUUGAGUAGAAGUUUAUCGUUGAUAAAGAGGAAGAGAAAGAGGUAUUUGGAUCUGAAGGGGUUGCUUCUGUGCAUAAAGUUUGGAAGCGAUUGAGGGACAUAAUGCUAAGAAUUGUGGUGUAAGCUUCUGAAAUCUUUUGCAGGAGACGAUCCGAGCCUUUGUGCGGAAGUUUAUCUUUCAAGAAGGUGUGAUCUUGGAGGCUUAAGGAGUUACUUUUCAGAGGAAGAGAAAGAUGGCUUUGGAUAUGGAGGGGCUGCUUUUGAACACAAAGUUGCUUGUGAAAUCUGAUUAUUCCUAUGUUGCAUCAAUUACCCUCUUUGUUGCUCUUCUCUGUGCAUGUAUUGUUAUUGGUCACCUGCUGGAGGAGAAUCGCUGGAUGAAUGAAUCAAUAACGGCUCUCUUCUUUGGGCUCAUAAGUGGAGUUGUUAUUCUUCUUACCACAAAAGGGAAAAGCUCACGUAUUCUGGUUUUCAGUGAGGAUCUAUUCUUCAUAUAUCUGCUUCCGCCAAUUAUAUUUAAUGCUGGUUUCCAGGUUAAAAAGAAGCAGUUCUUUCGCAACUUCUUGACAAUUAUGAUGUUUGGUGUAGCUGGGACCUUGAUAUCUUUUACGAUAAUUUCAUUUGGAGCAAUUGGAUUAUUUAGAAGAUUGAAUAUAGGUUCACUGGAUAUUGGUGAUUAUCUUGCAAUCGGUGCAAUCUUUUCCGCAACAGAUUCUGUUUGCACCUUACAGGUGCUCAAUCAGGAUGAGACACCAUUUCUUUAUAGCUUGGUCUUUGGUGAGGGUGUUGCCAAUGAUGCAACGUCAGUAGUGCUCUUCAAUGCUAUCCAGAAGUUUGAUCUUGUUCACUUGGAUGCUGUUAUUGUUCUUCAGCUUAUUGGAAACUUCUUUUAUCUAUUUGUGACGAGCACCAUUCUUGGAGCAGUGGCAGGUCUGCUUAGUGCUUAUAUCAUAAAAAAGUUAUAUUUUGGCAGACAUUCUACUGAUCGUGAAGUAUCACUUAUGAUGCUCAUGGCUUAUCUGUCUUACAUGAUUGCUCAACUAUUAGAUCUAAGCAGUAUCCUCACAGUAUUCUUUUGUGGGAUAGUAAUGUCACACUAUACUUGGCACAAUGUCACAGAAAGUUCUAGAACUACUACAAAGCAUGCUUUCGCAACAUUGUCAUUUAUCUCAGAGAUAUUUCUCUUUCUGUAUGUUGGCAUGGAUGCAUUGGACAUUGAGAAGUGGCGAUUUGUUAGUGACAGCCCUCUAAAACAAGUUAGUUUGAGCUCACUGCUUGUAGGCCUGGUUUUAGUGGGAAGAGCUGCAUUUGUUUUCCCACUCUCAUUUUUGUCUAACCUUGCCAAAAAGUCUUCCACAGAGAAGAUCAACUUCAGACAGCAAGUUAUAAUAUGGUGGGCUGGACUCAUGAGAGGAGCAGUUUCAAUCGCACUUGCAUAUAACCAGUUCACAAGAGCAGGCCACACACAGCUGCGAAGCAAUGCUAUCAUGAUCACCAGUACUAUCACUGUUGUUCUGUUUAGUACUGUGGUGUUUGGCUUACUCACAAAGCCUCUAAUCAGGCUUCUUCUUCCUCAUCCACCAAAGCAUUUGAGCAGCAUGUCUUCGGAUCCCUUAAGUCCAAAAUCCUUCCUUUCCCGGCUUCUUGAAAGUGGCCAGGGAUCUGAGAUUGAAGCAGCAGGAGAUUGUAUUAUUGGGCUACCGAAUCUUCGCAUGCUCCUCGCCAAGCCCUACGUAUCAGUACAUCACCAUUGGCGCAGAUUUGAUGAUUCGUUCAUGCGGCCAGUUUUUGGAGGCAGAGGCUUUGUUCCUUUUGUUCUUGGUUCGCCAACUGAGAGAACUUACCUGACUGAAACAAGCAUUAAUGAAUAGUAAUGGAUCAGAUGCUCAGUAAGAAACAUAGUUGUUGUGUUUUUUCCCUUUUUUGUGUGAAUAUUACAUGAAUUUUUACUUGUAAUUGUUAAAUUUGUGUGUGAUUUUUAUAGAGAGAGAGAAAGUGAGAUAGAGAGAUAAAAAUAGUCCAUGAACUAUUUAUAUUGGUCUAUAAAUGUGAUUCAAUGCCAAACCCACAAAUUUUAAGUUUAAUAUAAACAAAAUUCAAUAGGGGCAUUUCAUUCUCU